AUGGUUUUAAAGUUGGCUGUGAUCUUGACAAAGCAUAAACUCCACCAAAACCAGGUCGUUUGUUCUGUCGCAUCGAAUCACAUGCGAGAGGCUCAACAAGAUUCUCGAAUAGGACAGACAAGAGAAUCCGGUGGGUUCAGGCAUCUGGGAGGCGAAUCUAAGGCGAUAGUGACCAAGAGAAUUAUGAGCAGCGACUUACUGGCGAAUCUUAAUGCGUUCAAGAACAAGGUGAAGACGGCACCUGCGCUAACAACGCGGAAAAUCGUUGCUAAUAAAGAGAGGGAUGUGAAAGGGAGUAAGAACAUGGAUGUGAUAGAGUUGGACGAUGGUGGAUCUGAUGAGAAAGAGAUGCCUUUAAAGAAAAAGUCAAAGAACAAUAAUGGGGUUGCCACUGGACAGCUGGAUAGCACACAUCUUUCGACAAAGAUGCUUAUUGCCACGGAAUAUAUUCAGGAGCGAGGCGAGGCGGUUCCUGUGGACCAGAUCGAAUCGUAUCUUUCGCUUCCCAAGGACAACAAUGUGAUUCCGAUGUUAAAGGGGUUACAGAAGUUCAAGUUUGAUCCGAAGCGGAAUACGUUGCAGUAUGUGUCGAUCUACGAUGUGCAUUCUGCGGAAGAGCUUCUUUCGUUGUUGAGAUCGCAAGCGACGUUCAAGGGUAUUUCGUGCAAGGAGUUGAAGGAUGGUUGGCCACAGUGUUUCGACACGAUUGACGAGUUGGAGGCGAAGAACAGAAUUCUUGUGCUUCGAACCAAGAAGGACAACUCUCCUAGAUUUGUGUGGUAUAAUAAUGCGGGUCCAUUAAGACAGAUCGACGAGGAGUUUGUGAAGAUGUGGGAGGACUGUAAGUUGCCGCAACGUAGUGAGUUGCCCCGGAAGCUCCAGGACUUGGGUCUCAAGCCGGCCAGUGUGGAUCCAGCCACGAUCAAGAACGAGCAAAGCACCAGGAGAGAGGUCAAGAAGAGAAAGCAAAGAAAGGGGAAGGUUACCAACACACAUAUGGCUGGUAUAUUGAGGGACUACUCGGACAGAGUGUGA